AUCUCCCCUUCCGCCUCGGCGUUUGCUAUAAAAGAACCGAGCACCGAUAUCUCCAAUCAGCUCGAUCGCAUCAGAUCUCCAAAACCCGAUCUUCGCCACCGGUGACAAGAUGAGCUAUUACAACCAGCAACAGCCGCCGGUUGGCGUUCCUCCGCCACAAGGUUACCCACAGGAGGGAUAUCCGAAGGACGCCUACCCGCCUCCGGGUUACCCCGCUCAGGGUUAUCCACCGCCGGGGUACGGGGGUUAUCCUCCUCAAGGGGCUUAUCCGCCGCAGGCUUACCCGCCGCAGUACGCGCAGCAACCGCCGCAACAACAGCAGAGUAGCGGGCCCUCGUUCGCAGAGGGAUGCUUGGCGGCACUGUGUUGCUGCUGCCUCCUGGAGGCUUGCUUCUGAGAGAGGAAUCUGAGGCGGACGCUGCGGCGACGGGUCAACCGGAAUAUGAUUUUACCUCCCCGCGCCGCUCAGCGGCAUUGGGCGUUGUUCGUCGAAGUAUCUUUUCACUUAUCUGUUUUCUCUUCUGUCUUCUUAAAAUUUCUGGGUCUUGUGUUUGGAUUUUAUUUUCUCUAUUUAGCUGGGUUUGUUUCGCGUUAGAAGAUGGAGGAGGAGAUGAUCGCCUGUUUCUCAUUCUCUUUGCUGUGUUGUGAAUUUAUUUACCUUUUUAAAUACCUAGCGUUGAACAGAUUUGUCAUUUAAAAUCUCAAAUUUCUGUGAAUUUUGCUUA